UAAAGAUUUUUUGGGAUACAGUCGGAUAUCCUGUGUGGGUGUUUUUACUCCACAUCGUUUUGCAUACCUGGUUGAAUUCAUAAGCGCUUCGCCAUACGCCCCCGCGUCUUGUCAUUUAAUGAGAUCCCCGGGGUGCGGAUCAGUUUGGCACCGUGUCUGUGUGCGCGUAAAACCGGCUGUAUUUUUGCUCUGGGAAGCCGGGCCACGGUCCUCGCGCGGCUUCACUUCUGCACCGGCGGCAGGGGAAGAAAAUCGAGCCCGCAGUCCAGCUGCUGCUUUUGGGGCAAAUUGUUCUGCGAGCCCGAAUAACAGUCGCAGGCACCUACAAACGCAGAGUGUAAUGUUUUGGUCAAUGCGUGAGUUGCUGUGGGAAUGAGACUGCGUGGCCGGGAUUUGGAGGAUUCCGCUGUCUCCUGGAUACCAAGCGUCCUGGGUGUGCAGAGUGUCAGGCUCCGUCUUCGCCUUGAUCGCCGUGACGACCGGGGAAGGGGCUUUUGGCAACUGGUUGACCUGGACGAAAAGGAAGUGCGGAGUGGGCAGAGGUUACGAGAUAAGACACCUCCUACUUAUUCACAAAGUCUGAUGAGUAUUCCAACGGUUGCAUCAAUUCAGUCAGGGGGCGGAGAGAUGCAAUCACCUGGGGUCAUUAGCCCCUCCUUCCUCCCGCCCCCAACUGGAAAAGUUCCAGGCCGCAAAAGGGGUCGGCCACCUCUGAAAAGGCACCCGGAAUAUCAGAGUCACUACCCAGAAUCCCUCCCACCAAUUAAAGUGCCUAAGAAGAGAGGGAGGAAGCCUGGUUUUAAGCUCAAGUCGCGCCUGAUGACGCCCCUGGCCAUCUCACCUCCCAGUAGCACACCAGAGCCAGACAUGAGCUCGAUCCCACAGGACGCUGCCACAGUUCCCCAUUCAGCCACCCCACAGGUCCUUACAGUCUGUAUCUACGUGAAUAAACAAGUGAACACAGGCCCUAACCUGGACAGGCAAAAGAUUCUGCAGUUGCCGGAUCACCUGGGUCCUGCCAGACCGUCCGUGGUAUUGCAGCAGGCCGUGCAGGGCUGCAUUGACAGCGCAUUUCAGCAGAAAGCCGUCUUCACCCUGCUCACCGAAGGCUACGGGGGAGAAAAAAUCUCAGCCACUUUUGAUGGUAAGCAGCAUCUGCUGAGCUUGCCGGUGGUCAACAGUGUCGGCUACGUUCUGCGCUUUCUCAAGAAGUUGUGUCGAAAUCUGCUGUGUGAGAACCUCUUCAGUGACCAGCCUAUCGCCCCUUCAUCAUCCCCCUCCUCUUCCUCCUCAUUCCGCAAUGAGAAGCAUUCAGACGGACAGCCCAAGUCAAGCUCGAUGAUGGAUGAUUACCACGGCGAUUCAAUGGACCCCAAGCGUUAUUCUGUUGACCCCAGUGACUCCGCCUUUGGUGCGAUGUCCUCACCAUACACGACCAACAAACCUUCAUACGGUUUUCGUGCUGGCCCCACCUACUCUGGAGGCGUGUGCAGGCAGGCGGCCAGCCCCAGCACAUUUCAGGAAGGAAACAGAAGUGCCUAUAGUCCAUCCUCAGAGGGAGGGGAGGCGAAGCCCCCGCCCAGUAAAGAUCCCUCCAGGUGGAGCGUGGAUGAAGUGGUGUGGUUUAUUAAAGAUGCAGACCCUCAAGCAUUGGGCCCACACGUGGAUCUCUUCAGAAAACAUGAGAUUGAUGGAGAUGCUCUUCUUCUCCUCAAGAGCGAUAUGAUCAUGAAGUACCUGGGACUUAAACUGGGCCCUGCUCUUAAGCUCUGCUACCACAUCGACAAGCUAAAACAGAACAAGUUCUGACCUGCAUCUGCCGCACCAUGCACCUUACACCAUAUACAGGACACACACAAGCACACAGAUGCAUCCACAGUAUUUAUUCUCAUGAGCUCUCCAACCUUUGAGUCUCUCCCCCGUUCACUUUGGACUAUCUAAGAUUUUGUUGUUUAUCUUCCUGUACAUUUUCGUAUGCUACUUUUAAAGCAUUGGUAUUGGACAUCUGCCCCCUUGCGACACGAGGCAAGUCAUCUCAACCGUAUCCUGGGAUUUGAGUUUGAGGGAUUUCUCCACAAGCAAGCUUGCAGACAAAUUUCGAGUGUAUCAAUCGUCUUUGAAAGGAUCACGGAGACUCACAGUCGUGAUUUUCAAGCCACUGGCUCUUUACAACCAUGUGACAUUCAGCCACCUGCUGGUAAAUUGGAGUCAUUGCAACUCCAUUAAACUCCUCUUCUUUGUAACCAGGAAUAAUUCAGCUUUUAUUUACAGAAAGCUUCUUCAAAGACUGAAGACCUUGGAGAUCAGUUUCACAUGCAGGGUACAUUAUGAACAGCAACACUUUGCAACCAGCAAAUAACGGGCACAAAUACAACUUGGUUCAGCGAUGGAUCAGUCACAAAGAUUUUUUGAUACAAAAUCUGAACUACUAAACCAGAUACGCUACAAGGCAGUUACUUCUACAAAAAAAAAAUUGUAAUACACAACAGGUGCUGUUUCUCAACCAGCUGGUGAAAUGACAAAACAACUAUGAACUGCAGUACAGUGAAUUGAACUGUGACAGUGGACCAAACAUCACAGAUAGGUCUUUUGUGUAUGUCCAUAUCAUACCGGCCUUAUUUGCUGUUAUACCACACAAUAUACAUAGGUUUUACUCAAUUCUGAUGAACAUUUUCACUGUGCAGAUUAUAUGUGGUUUAGAUCGAUUGCCUUUCAUAAACUUACAGUGACUAUUUAACAUAACCUAAGGUACUUUCAAGGUGUUUCUCUGAUGAUGUUAUUUUAAGAGCUGUAUUUCAAUAUUUCAAGAAAAAUCAAUCACUACAACUUGCUCUCUAACACCAUGAAAGAAAGUCUCCUAGUGAGAGCUAUUGUAUUAAUCUUUACUGUUACAAACUCAGAAUAAAUAUAUUGUUUAUCAGACAGGCAAACAUAUGAAGUCUGAUCUGAUGAUGUCAUACAUCUCCCAAAGUGGAUUACACCCAAGUGUACAAUUUUUCUGUAUCUGCAAUCGUGUAAAUAUAAUAAGUUAUGUAGUAGUCACGGAUGAAAUCUACAGUUUCAUAGGUUAAAGAGCAAAUUAAGCGAAACCAAUGCUGAUUGACAUGCGUUCAGCUUCCAGCUAUUGCUUUGCCGUGCUAGACUUCAUCAUUGUACAUUUUGCCUUUAAAGCAGCUGUUAUGCUAACUUGUGCAUUGUCUUUUAUUCUGCAACAGGGAGGCUGUUGAAGUGAUCUGUUGGUAUUAUUUGACUCUUUUAUGUAGCAUCCAUUUGGGAAUGUCCUGGGUGAGAGAUCUCCCAAUGAAAAAUGAGUACUUGAAGAAUGAGCUAAAUUUUGGGCUGAAAGGAAUACAUAAGUGAUCUCUUUAAGAGGUCAGGGUUCCCUGAAAUUUAACCCAGUGAUUUGAAAAGUAGAGUAUUCAAUUUACCUUGUGUUUUAUAUCAGACCAUAGUGUUUAAAUGGGCCUGAGGUUCAAGUUUAAUAGUAUAACAAAAAAGUUUAGAGCUUCGUUCAUGUAAAUUUGUCCCGAGGGAUAUUUAUUACAGAGAAAGACAAGAUGAAUAAAAAAACUUAUUAGAAAAUAAUUACCCGAGUCUAACAGUUAACUCUUGUAUUAGCUUUAAAAGCAGGCUGUUUUUUAAUUUCCACUUAUAAGCAUUUUUAAAGCUUUGAGUAAUGGCAACAUUUAGCUUUUAAGCUUGUUUGCGAGCACUUCCUUCUAUGUCUUCACUACUUAAAGUAGGAAUCCUUGACAUUUUCAUAAUGCUUUCAUACAUUUCUGGACAGUUUAUAGUUUAUGAUCUCAUGCAGAUAUUCUGCUGACUCAGAACUUCCUAGUUAGAUAUUACAGUCGAUUAACCCGAUUGAGGUUUCAAGGACAAUAUACUUUUUUUGCUCUGCUAUGUGUUUGUUUGUGUGCGUAUGUCAGAUUUGUAUGUUUGCCUCCACACAUUGUCAUUCCUUGUCUUUUUGAUAUAAUGGAAAAUGUAAGUGUACAUUUAUGAAUGCUGCUCUUGAUGAUAGUCCCAUGUAAGGUUGUUUUUAGAGACAUUCAUUAACUCAAAUGAGAGUUUGUAUAGAGGGACUACAACACGGACCAUUCAUGUUGGUGCUAUAAUAUGACUGUGUAUUUAACUAAAUGAUUUUAUGCAUACGUUUUUAUGGUUGAUUUGCUUUAUUUCUUCAGUUCGGCUUCAGUGUUGUAAACCCUUGUGACUGAAGACAGGCUCUGCAUUGCGUGUCUGUUUGUGAGGUUAAUAUAGAGCAUUAUGAAAGAGUCAGAAUAAAGCAUAAUGAACAACACUCUAUAUUAGACUCUUAUUGUAUUUUUGUAAAUGUUUGCUUUUAAGA